AUGAAUUUUCUUCUAAUAAUUACUCUCAUUUCAUCAGUAAUUUAUUCAAGUCAAGCUGGUCAAUGUCAAGUAUACAGCGGACCAAAUUAUGUAUCAUUAGCUACGGAUAAAACUGAUGGAAAGACAGUAUCAGAUUUUAAAAACAAUUUGUUAACACUUUUAGGUUUAUCAGCAGAUAAAACUGACAAAGCAGUUUUAUAUUCAACAAAUCCAUUAACAAUUCCAUCAAUUUGGUUAUUCCAUAUUGAAGGAGUAGAUAAACUAUCUGAUAAUGGCCUUCCAUUAGUCGAUGAUGGUGGUUUUGGUAUUGAUUCAUUUCAAUCCAAAUUAAGCAAUAUUCAUAAAAAUGAUGUUUUAAGUAUUGGUACAAUUGUUCUAGCUUCGGAUUCGGAUAUGGAUAAUUUUGAUAAAUCACUUCAAAAUCAAAUAUCUCAAAUGAAUAGCCAAGCACCAUGUAAAUACAUAGUCAUGGUUUGUGACAAUUGUCAAACGGAUAAAUUACAAAUUCCAUUAAAAUCUGCACUUGACAAAAUUGCUGCAAGUGAACCUCAAACAUUAGUCAUGACAUUAACAACAACAGAAACUGCACGUGUACGUCGAGCAAGACAAGCUGAACAACAAACUACUGGAAAUGUAACAAUUGCAACAAUGUAUUCCGAUGAAUACCCAACGAUGUUCAAUUUAUUUUUCUGGACAUCAUUAGCAUUUGCAUUAAUACUUAUUAGUAUUGUUUAUGUAUUUUUAACAUUAGAUCCAGGUUCGGAUACAAUUAUCUAUCGUAUGACAGCACCAAGAUUAAAAGUUGAUUAA